CCAUCACUUUUUCCAAUGUUUAGGUCUUUGACUUAAACCCCACUUGCGGAAGGCACGGGAUCAUAGAGAAAAACUCAUCGAUAUCGAAAGAAUGAGACAUGCGGAUGGAACAAGGGUUUGCGAGGAGUUCACAGCCGGCUACUAUGGCCUUUGUACCAUCGGCGGAAUGUUCAGUGCAGGCACUUCUCAUCUCGCCGUAACUCCCCUCGAUGUCCUUAAAGUGAACAUGCAGGUGAAUCCAAUCAAAUACAGAGGAAUUUUAUCAGGAUUAGGCACCUUAUGGAGAGAAGAAGGAGCUUCUGCUCUUUGGAGGGGUUGGUCUGGCAAAUUAUUUGGAUAUGGUGUUCAAGGUGGAUGCAAAUUUGGUCUCUAUGAAUAUUUUAAGAACUUCUACUCAGGAGUCUUGGUUGAUCAUAACCGGACUGUCAUAUUCUUUGUUAGCAGUGCCUCUGCCCAGUUGUUUGCAGAUGUAGCACUUUCCCCUUUUGAGGCUGUUAAGGUCCGCCUUCAAACUCAACCUCAUUUCGCUAAGGGACUGGCAGACGGGUUUCCAAGAUUGUAUUCCACCGAUGGCCUAUUUGGGUUCUAUCGGGGUCUGUUUCCACUCUGGUGUCGCAAUCUUCCAUUUUCUAUGGUGAUGUUCACGACAUUUGAGCAUGCUGUAGACAUGAUAUAUCGAAAUGGUUUGCAUAAAAGUAAAGAGGAUUGUUCGAAAGCUCAACAGCUAGGUGUGACAUGUCUUGCUUCAUACACGGCUGGAGCUGUGGGUACUGUAAUUUCAACACCUGCAGACAAUAUUGUUUCGUCUCUUUAUAAUGGGAAAUCCAAGACUGUUCUUCAGGCUGUCAAGAGUAUUGGCUUUGUUAAUCUGUUCACGAGAAGUCUUCCAGUUCGGAUAGCCUUAGUAGGACCUGUCGUGACUUUGCAAUGGUUCUUGUAUGACACAAUUAAAGUCUUAUCCGGACUGCCUACAAGCGGAGGGCUAAGAAGGGUUAUGGAUUGAGCUGCCUGAUGACUGUUUGCGGGAACAAAACACGAUAAUUUUGGAAGCUUCUUCCAUCAAUAAUUUUUCAGAACGACAUGGUUGCGGCUGAAAUGAAGAGUUAUUUUUUUUUUGUAAUAGGUUAAAUUUUGAGAUUGUCACAUGUACUUUGAUUUGUAUAUAGGAGUCCUAUUUGUGCCAGUCUCAUAUUCAUGUAUAUAAAUAUUUGGUGAGAAAAGGGUACCCUAUUUAAGCCUAUGAUUGUUCGGAUUAGAAUCAUCCACACCAGAGUUGUAAACAUUUA